AUGAAAGGAAGGAAUAAUAAUCAUGAGAAGAAUAUAGAGAAUGAGAAAGAAAUAUAUAACGUGAAAGAAGAUCAAAAUGUAAAGGAUAGUAAUGAUAAUAUGAAGAAUGAUGAAUUUAUUUUACAUCAUGACAAUUUAAAAGAUAUAGAAAAUAUGAAUAAACAAAAUGAAAAUUAUAUUAAAUGUACAAAUAAAAUUGAAAGUCAUACAAAUAAUCACAAUAAUAAUAAUAAUGAUAAUGGAUUUUAUAGAGAUCAUAAAAGGUUAGCUUCUUCAUAUGAUUAUGAAACAUCAGAAGUAGUAGAUACAUAUGAAGAAGGAAGCAAUAAGUGCUACCAACCAUCUAACAAUAUAAAUAAUAAUUUAAUGUUAAAACAAAGUUAUAUGAAUAAUACAAAUGAAGAAUAUUAUAAAACAGAUAGUCUACAAAAUACUCCAUAUUGUCAACUGGAAUAUAUUAACAACAUAAAUGAACCAUAUAAUAAUAUAAAUAAUGAAUGUUUACAAAAUAAUAUAAAUAAAACGGGGGAUAUAACUAAUCAUAUAAUAGUACAAGAAGAAAGAGAAAUAGAAAAUAUAGAAACAGAAGAUAAUGAUAAUGUUAUUAAUAAAGAACAAAAUAUAAAAAGAGAAGAUUCAGAAAAGAAAAAUGAAAUGGGUUAUAUAAAGGAUGAAACAAAUAAUAUUUUUUCAAGUGAUCAGAUUAAUUAUGUAAUAAGUGAUGAAAAAAAUGAUCUCUCAUCAAGUGAUCACAAUAAGUAUGUAACAAGUGACGAAAAAAAUGAUCUCUCAUCAAGUGAUCACAAUAAGUAUGUAACAAGUGACGAAAAAAAUGAUCUAUCAUCAAACGAUUUGAAUAAUUCCUUAAGAAGUGACGAAAAAAAUGAUCUGUCAUCAAGUGAUCACAAUAAGUAUGUAACAAGUGACGAAAAAAAUGAUCUAUCAUCAAGCGAUUUGAAUAAUUCCUUAAGAAAUGACGAAAAAAAUGAUCUAUCAUCAAGCGAUUUGAAUAAUUCCUUAAAAAGUGACGAAAAAAAUGAACUAUCAUCAAACGAUCCGAAUAAUUCCUUAAAAAGUGACAAAAAUAUUUAUAUUUCUACAAACGAUAAGAAUAAUCCUAUACGGUGUGAUAAAAUUAAUUAUAUUUCAUCUAAUGAUAAGAAUAAUCAAGUAAGAUGUGAUAAAAAAAUAUAUAUUUCAUCUAAUGAUAGUCAAAGUGAUUCCUUACCAAAGAAAUCGAUACGAAAUAAUGUUGAAGAAUUUAUAAAAAGAAAACUUAUGGAAAAUGAAGAUAUGGCAAAUAAAUUUAAUGUGUUUCAUAUAGGUAUAAACAAAAUCGAAGCCCUUAAGGAUUUAUAUAGAGAAUGUAAAAAUAAUUUUAAUAAAAGCCUUAGAGAAAAAAUAAAUAAAUUACAUGAAUUAAGAAAAUAUUAUAAUGAAGGUAUAUUUGAAAGGAAUAUAAGUGUUGAUUAUAUUACCAAUGCAGAAAAAUUAAAUGCUAUAAAAAAAGAAAGAUUGUCAAGAUUAUUUUUAUAUAUUGAAGAUAUACAUAAAGUAAAACAAGCAUUAAAAGCAAAACAACAUAAUGAUUUAGAAUUAGAACAUGAUGAAAAAAAAGAAUAUUUUUAUGAUGCUUAUGAAGAUAUAGAAGAUUUCUUUAUAUUCGAUCAUGCACUUUCUUGUUUAAAUAAUGAUGUUGAAACAAUUUUUACAGAAUGUGAAAAUUCUUCUUUUUUUCGAGAAGAUUCAAGUAUUGAUAAUUUCUUAGAUGAAGUAAGUAGUAAAGCAGAUGAAGAUUAUAAUAGGUUAAAUAUAUUUGCAAGAUUUUCUUUAAAAAAUUAUUACUUCUUUGAUAUAAAUAAAAACUUAUGUUCCAUUUAUGCAUGUACACCUAUGAUUAUUAAAAAAUUUGCAGAAAAAAUUAAUUCUUAUAAUAUAACAAAAAAUGAAAAAGACAUAAAUAAUGAUAAUGAUAAUCUCGAAAAAAAUGAUUUAGAUUUUACUAUUGAUUCAAACAAUAAUGAAAAACGUAAUAUAUAUGCCAGUUGUGGACUUGAGAGUAAUCAUAAUUUAGAUGCAUACGUACAAUUUCAUUGUGAUAAGUGGCAAGAAAAUAUGUAUGAUGUUGUUGAAGUUAAUAGUCUUGAAUUAGAUUUUAAUAGAUUAAAAUGUAAUAUAAUGUAA